ACAUCACUGACAAAAAACUCGGACAAAGAUUUCAAGCUCUCACUCCUUUCAGCUCCAAUGGACUACUUGAAAUCCGUGGUGCCAUCAAACCUUUUCUCAGACCGAGGCUCCAACAUCGUGGUUAUCAACCCAGGUUCUGCAAACAUCAGAAUAGGCCUUGCUUCACAGGACAACCCUAUUGAAUUCCCUCAUUGCAUUGCUAGGUAUACUACCCAAGUGCCCAAGAUCAAUGUUCAGGAUCAGAUGCUCAGUAGUCAAGUUACUACUACACAGUACAUGGAACGCGAAAAGGCCUAUGAUAAGAUUGCAACCGCCUUGAGGAUACCGUUUCUUGAUGAAGAGGUUGCUAAGAGUUCUUUCCCACGCAAGAUGGGACGUAUUGAUGGAAACAAUCCACAGAAUAGUAGAAAGGAAGCAGCAUUUGACUGGACAGAUGUGUAUGUAAAGGACUCUAUUGCACCUUCUGCAUUAGAAAGUUCAGAGAAUAUAGCCACAACUAAAGAGGCCAUGGACCUUGACCAGCAUGAAGAUGCAAAUGCUGAGGAGCUCGAUUCUAGCAGACACCAGUACAGGGAGUCCAUUUUUGGUGAGGAAGCACUAAAAAUAUCUCCGAAGGAGCCAUAUACAUUACGUCGUCCUAUUCGCAGAGGUCAUUUGAAUAUAUCACAACAUUAUCCCACGCAGCAGGUAUUUGAGGAUGUGCUUGCUAUUUGGGACUUCAUUUUGACGGAGAAGUUAAACAUCCCUCUAACCGAAAGAAACAUGUAUUCUGCUCUUCUGGUCCUCCCGGAAUCAUUAGAUAGUCGAGAAAUAAAGGAAUUGUUGUCUGUAGUCUUGCGAGACUUGCAAUUCAGCUCCGCAGUGGUUCACCAGGAGGGUCUUGCUGCAGCUUUUGGGAAUGGCUUAUCAACUGGAUGUAUAGUUAGCAUGGGUGCUCAGGUUACAUCAGUUAUUUGCAUCGAGGAUGGAGUAGCUUUACCUACCACACAGAAAACCUUACCAUAUGGUGGAGAGGAUAUAUCAAGAUGCCUUCUUUGGACUCAAAGACAUCAUCAGACAUGGCCACAAAUUCGGACUGACUUGUAUACAAAGCCUAUCGAUCUCUUGAUGCUCAACAGACUAAAAGAGUUUUAUUGUGAGAUUAAGGAGGAGAAAGUUGAAGCUGUUGCUGUAGUACAUUCUUAUGAAGACGGCAUGCCAGCUGGAUCUCAUAAGACAAACCUAACUGCUCUUAAUGUCCCUCCAAUGGGUUUGUUCCAUCCAACGCUUCUUGUACCAGAUGCAUAUCCACCAGCACCUAGUGUUUGGUUUAUUGACCACGAGGAUGUGCUGGAGGAUACAUGGCACAUGGAAUAUCAGAGAAGGCCUGAAAUGUCAGAUGGACUGUAUCCCAGCAUGAAUGUUGGUUAUCCAAUGUGGGAGAACUACCCAUCUUUUUCAGCUAAACCAAAGAAAGAAGAGAAGCUUGGCCUCGCAGAAGCCAUAACGAGGAGCAUUCUCUCAACAGGACGUAUAGACCUUCAAAGAAAAUUGUUUUCCAGUAUACAAUUGAUUGGAGGAGUGGCUUUGACUAGAGGUCUUGUUCCUGUAAUGGAGGAGAGGGUUUUACUUGCAAUCCCUUCAACUGAAGCAAUUGAUAGGGUUGAGGUCUUGCAAUCGAGAGGCAAUCCAACUUUUGUACCAUGGAAAGGUGGAGCGAUCCUUGGGAUUCUUGACUACGCUCGAGAUGGGUGGAUCCGGCGUGAUGAGUGGAUUCAAAACGGAAUUCACGUUGGAAAGGGCAGAAAGUACAAGGACUCCUUUUUCAUUCAAGCUCAGGCAAUGUAUUACAUUAACUCAUGAAAGCCGAGAACAACUGUCUGCACUUAUAUUCACUUGCACACAAUGCUUCAAGGUGCUACCAUCUACUUCCAAGUGAUGUACAUGUUGGUCAGGGUGUCGCACUGCUCCAAGCUAGUAGCAAUAUGGUCAAAAGCAGUGGUUGAUUAAUGUAAUUGAGAUAGCUUGAAGUACUGUAUACGUACAUGAUGCCAAUUCGAGGUUCUGAAUUAGCUUAACUAGGCACUUCAGAUAUUUGGCUUAUCAAGUUUCCAGAAUCAUCAUAAAUAUCAA